UAUAUCAUCUUCGUUCGGAUUUGCUCUUAAAAUUCACACCUACGCCUGCGUUUAAGUAAAUAUGGAUUUUUAUUACUCGGAACAAAACUUUAUUUAAACAUCACCAUGGAAACAGAUUAUGUUGAGACAAUAAGACGCCUGUUGGCACGUAUAAAAGUACGGAGGCGGUCAACAGUGCAGAUGCUGGCAGCCAGACAUAGCUCCCGCCGUCCCUCAAGUGAUGUUUUUUUGUCGCCGACGUCUCUUACAGCCCUUACUGAAAGAAGAACGUCACGCGAGAAGUCAACCGGAAGUUGCAGUAGGUGGUCAGGAGAAAGCCAGGUGUUUACCGACGAUAUCAGUAAUAAAUUCCCUUGCAACCAGGAACUAACCACACAGAACAAGCUAAGAAAAUACAGCUUGUCUCGUGCACCACCGAACUCACCGCUCACGUCGAAUGAACAGCCGUCCGCUGUCAAGAAGUCAGUUUCAGAUGCCCAAUUCGUAUUUGGGAAAGACUAUCAUUGCCAUUCAUCGACAGAUCUUCAGAGCUGCAGUAGCGAAGCUUGGCCACCAACCCCACCGCCCACCAUAUGCAUUUCUCCCGCGACAGAAGACAUCAAUGACAAAGGAGACAAAUCCCCUCGGAAGAAGCUCUCCUCGUCCUUGUCUGCUCCCCUCUCCCCGAGACCCGCCAGUGACGAACAGAGAACUAAAGUGUGUCAGGACAUGCAGAUGAAACUUGACGUCAUUAAAGCUGAUUUGCUGGCAAUGCAGAAAGGUGACCAGGACCUGGCGAAAAAGCUUCUGUGCAUUUAUUCAGAAAUCCAGGCUAUUAAGACGAGUAGAUCGUGUUUCAAGUACAGCGAACUACUUGGCGAUGCGUUUUACGAGGCGGAAGACGCGGAGGAACUUUCUAAUAUGUGUGAUGCGGCUCCGAUAUCUACGAAUAAACUUCUUGUUAGCAGGGGCGUUACAAAUUUUAACAUUUCGCCUAGACGAUUUUCUUGCUUUUAGUUAUAUCUCAAAAGUAACUUAGUUUUAACGUAUUUAGAAAAAAGGCAUUUAAAAGUUUGUAAAUGUAUAUUCAUGUACUAUUAAGCAUUUCAUUUUAAUAUGUAUGUAAUAAUAUGUAAUCUUAAGUUAGGGCGUUGCAAAUGAAUACCUAAUAGUCAAACUGAACUUGAAUGUAUAGAAAUGCAUAAAACACUUACAUAACGUUUUUACAAAUCCCAAGUUUGGUUUAAAAUGUUUUAUAAUCGUUGUUUAUCAGUGAAAUAAUUUUCAACAUUACAAUCGAACCUCGAUGGCUCGAACUCCCAGGGACCGGCGAAAAUACCUCGAGACUCGAAAAAUCGAGCCAACCGGGAAUGCUUACCUUCAUUAUAAAGAAAUCAGUCCUUUACAUCUAGUUCGACCCAACGAGGAAUUCGAGCCAUACGAGUUCGAGCCAACGGGGUUUCUACUGUAGUUGUUUAAUAUAUUUCGGGGUUUUCCCUCGGAAAAUGCUGCCAAUGAGACACAAGUUUCAGCUCGCCUUUGUUUCUGGAAGAGUUGUGAUAGACUUGAUGUCGUUCUUGUCGUCUGCGUCGUUGUGCAGUUUUAAAAUCGGCCAUGACUAAAAGACCAACGUUCAGGAUAUUUCAAUAUAACUUGGUAAACAUGUUGCCAGAAAAACGAACAUGUGUAGCAGGGUCCAAAAAUUUUGCUUUUAAGUAUUAUUCUUGAGUUGUUUUCGACUAAAAAAGGCGCUGGUGUUCGCUUUGCAGAGUUCUUGUUCAAAUGUUACUCGUAUAUAUAAUCAAUAUACAUGUAAACAUACAUUUUGAGUGAAAAACCUUUAACUUUUAACAAAAGUAUGCAUUUAUGGAAAAUUUAAAUUACUGAUAACAAGAUUGUAACCGUGUAUUUAAAAACUAAAAACGCACAAAUAUUGAAUGACUGAUUGGUACUAAAAGAUUUACGGAAAUCAA